AUGAGUAGUCACGAGCGGCUCAACCUAUUGACUCUUGUAUUCCUGCUAUUGUUAUUUUCGCAAAGUUACGGUAUCCGUGUGGGUGACACCAUCGGCCUGGGCUACAUCGGCAAUCAGGAUUCGCGCGCGCUACCCGCCGGCGUCGACCCUGAUGUUUACGCCAGGGUAUACCAUCGCGAGGUGAUCACGGACGAGAAUGGCGUCAGCUACGACGUUACUCCUUACAUGAGUCAGGUGCUCUGGAACCGGUGGAAAAGUUAUUGGAAGGGC